AGAAUCAUCCAAGAGCCUGUUGACAGAGUCACCGUAUCAAACCUAGCAACCCAGCCAUGAAGAACGGAUUCUUCUCUGUGCUCAUCCUCCUCUCCUUUCUCUUCUGCCUGGCUAACGUCAACGAGGCUGCAGUUCCAUGCAGCACUGUCGACGCAAAGGCAGCUGCCUGUGUUGGGUUCGCCACCGGCAAGGCCACGACUCCGUCUCCUGCAUGCUGCAGUGGGCUGCAACAGCUCGCUCAAACAGUCAAAACGGUUGAUGACAAGAAAGCUAUUUGCAGGUGCUUGAAGGCUGCCUCCGGGUCUUUGGGAAUUAAAGAUCAGUUCUUGAGCAAGAUUCCUGGAGCUUGCCACAUUAACGUUGGCUUCCCUGUCUCCACCAGCGUCAACUGUGAAACGAUUCACUAAGAAUAUUGAAAUGGAGCUGAGGAAGAUGUAAUGUCCUAGAGAGACAAGAGGGAGUUCAAUAAAACAGUAUAGCUAAGAGGUCCUUUCAUGUGUAUCUGGUCCUUGUAAGAACCUGUACUUUGGACCUUAUAAAUAAUAAUGUAGCCCCAGUUGGGU